AUGCAGAAUCCGAAGACAACAUGCGGCAAAGGCGACGGGUACAAGAGGAAGGGCGGCAGGAGGAAGCAGAGGGAGGUUGGCGGGAUGCAGCACCGCACGGUGGCGCUGGUGGGCGACUCGCUCAGCCGCCAGCAGUUCCUCUCGCUGCUCUGCCUGCUCGCCCCACACCCCCGAGUGCUGCCCCCCAACCACACCCGCCCGCUCAACGCAGUCAACGGGGGCGGGCAGGGCGUGGCGGUGGUGGACGUGGGCAACACCACGCUGCUGCAGCGCACCUCCAACCUGCUGUGCCACGAGCACAUGCUGCCCGCUGCCGUGCCCGUGGAGGAAGAGGGAGAGGAGGAGGAGGAGGGGGGGGAGGAUGAGAAGAAGGAAGGGGGGAGUAAGGGGGAGAGUGUGGAGGAGGGAAGGGAGGAGGGCGGGCAGGGGCGGCGGCAAGUGGGAGCGGGGAGGAGGAGGCAGUACCGGCGGGUGGUUCGGGUGUAUGAGGCGGACGAGUGGCUGCUGCAGCACCUGUGGCGCCUGGACGUGGUCGUGCUCAGCACUGCCAACCACUGGACUGCCAGCAGUUUCAGAGCCAACCAGCAGGCCGUGCAGAACUCCCCCACCGCGCGCCCGUUCAUGCCGUCUGAGAGUCAAUUGGAGUCAACGCCAUUCAUGGCUGGCCUGCGCAGGCAGGCACUGCUGGCAGUCAUGCGCUCGCUGGCGCUCGCCGCUGUCCGCUCUGCCCGUGCCGCUCCGCCCGUCAUCUUCCUGCGCUCCGCCUCGCCCAGCCACUUCACCGGCGGCACCUUUCAAUCUGGUGGCCGCUGUGACAUGCAUGCG